AUGAAGGGCUUCUGUCUGCGGUUCAAGUCUGAGAGUGAAGACUGUAUCAAGAACCACAUCAUCAAGAUUCAGACUCAGUUCGGCACGAAGAUCAAGUUUGUUCGGCACGAUGGAGCGCAUGAGUUUGCGACCAACUCCAUCAAGACCUUCUACGAAGAUCAUGGUAUCGAACAACAGAUCACGGUGCCGUAUGCACACCAGACCAACGGCACCGCAGAACGCGCGAUAAGGUGUUGA